GUGCAGGGCGACCGUAUGGAGGAACAGCGCUGUUCUUUGCAGACCACGUCUGGCCGGGCCCCUGAGGGAGAGGGCGGCAGCCAGGCACCUGAGAUGGACAGUUUCAUGGACAUGUUGGCCAGCACCCAGGGUCGUCGCAUGGAUGACCAGCGUGUGACCAUCAGCGCCCUUCCAGGCUUCCAGCCCGUGGGCCCCAAGGACAGUACGCAGAAACGAGCCGGGACCCUGAGUCCCCAACCCCUGCUCGUCCCCCAAGAUCCGAGCGCUCUGGGUUUCCGUAGGAACAGCAGCCCACAGCCCCAGACACAAGCCCCUUGA